GUUAGGUUUAGAGGGGGAGGAGGACGAGGAAAUUUAGGUGUAGGGGACUCGGAAGCGAGAGAGUUUCUGUUUAUUCAAGUAUAAGUUUUAAUGGGCGGAUCAGUUUUUCUUUCGUGACGGCUGCUCUCCCGAGGUUAACGGGGCAUCUUUCAGAGUACGUCAGAGAGAGGGAGAAGUCACACUCUGAGAUGCAGCGCUGUCGAACGGCGGUUAAUAGGAAAUUACAGCCAACUGCACCCAGGAUGCUCACAAUUUGGUUGCUUUUGGCGUUUUUCAAGGACCUAGCGGGUCUCGGACUGGCUGAUGGGAAUAUAGCCUCUUCACGCUUGCUGAAUGGAAGCCUCGGGCAGUCUUUUUCUUUACCAGUGCAUAUUCCAUUUGCAGACCCUUUGAUACUUACUUGGGACUUCAGAAGCUCAGACGCUGGGAAAAAAAAUCAAAUCUGUACAAAAUCCCAGAACAAUCCAGCAAAAUGCAGCGAUGAUUUUAGACAAAGGGUCCGUUUAAACCUUUCCGACUACAGUCUGGAAAUAAAGAGCCUGACAAAAAGUGACCAAGGCUGGUAUGAAGUUAAUGCAAGAUCAGAACAGGUUGUUCAUGCAGAACUCAUGGAACUGCGAGUGUAUGAGCCUGUAUCAAUACCGUCGAUAGAGGUCACCGAUAUGCUGUUCAAUGAGACCUGUAAUGUUAGCCUGAAAUGUUCAGUGGAAAACGGCAGUGACUUGACCUACAGCUGGUGGACUGGAGGAGAGGAGGUUAGAACUGACAAAUUGCAGAGUGUGACCCAUGAUGGCAGAAGGCUGCAAUUGCUCGUUUACCCAAACUCUACCAACAGAGCCUAUAACUGCACAGUGAAAAACCCUGUUAGUGAGGCUACAUGCAUGAUCACACUUGAACCGCACUGCAAGCAAGGCCAGGAGAGAAAAGUCGUCGUCGGACAACUCCACAUUGGCCUAAUAAUUGCGGCAGUUGCCAUAUUUAUCAGUGUCCUGCUUGUACUAUUCUAUGUGCAGAGGAAGAAGAAACAUUCCAAACUCAGUGAAGCGCCUAAUACUGAGGGGACAAGUGAACCAGCACUGUAUGCUGACAUCAAGAGAUCAAGCAAUACCAGGGACGAGUCCCAGGGACAUUUAUGUCAAUUGGAUAUCAGCAAAAGGCAGCAAGGUGGAAGAGUUCAACUUACGACAGUAUACGAUGAAAUAAAAUUCAACCCAGAUGUGCCAACACCCAUGACGGAGAAGGGACAAGAAGCAAGUGCCAAUGCCUGACCGAUAUCCACUGCUAUAUGGAAAAUAACAAUAAGCCUGACAUGGGCUUAACAGUUCCAGUGGUCUCCUGCUUGCCAUGCUCUUGUUUUUACAGCUGACUUGGAUGUGUUCUCUUCUGUGAGAAAGUAGAUCAAGUGCUAAAGAAAAGAAAUUAGCUCUAAUGUUUGGGACUGAAUGAAAUGAGGGAAAUGAAAACAGGAAGUAUUGGAAAUUCACACCAAAGGCAUUCGUAUGAAGAGAACAGAACACACUGGGUAAAACAAGAGAAUGAAAAUGAAGAAAGUAUGUAUGGCAUGGUGCACAUACAGUGACGCCUUACAUUUAGAUAGCAUCUUUAACACGACUGCACUUUCCAAAGUACUUCACUGUCAUGUAAGAUGAUCAUGGAAACAAUCAAGUAAUUGGUGAAACAGUCAAGAGACAGAAUGAGCUGGAAAGAAGUCGUAGAAAAAUGGAGUUGUACAGCACAGAAGCAGACCCUUUGGUCCUACUCGUCCCUGCUGACCAGAUAUCCUAAAUUAAUUUAGUCGCAUUUGUCAGCAUUUGUCCUGUAUCCCUCUAAAUCCUUUGUAUUCGUAAUCAUUUAUCCAUUCAGAUGCCUUUUAAAUGUUGUAGUUGUACCAGCCUCCACUACCUUUGGCAGCACAUUUCCAUAAAUACUCCACCCUCUGUGUGAAAAAAGUUGCAACUUCGGCCCCUUUCAAAUCUUUGCCCUCUCACCUUAAAACUAUGCCCUUUAGUUUUGGACUCCCCUACCUCGGGUGGGGGAAGGGGAGAGAUCAUGGCUAUUCGGCCUAUCCAUGCAUCUCAUGAUUUUGUAAACAUCUAUAAGGUCACCCCUCAGCCUCCAAGGUUCUGGAGAAAAUAGCGCGCCCCAGCCUAUUUAGCUUCUCCCUACAGCUCAAACCCUCCAACCCUGGCAAUAUCCUUGUAAAUCUUUUCUAAACCCUUUCAAGUUUCACAACAGCUUUCAUAUAGCAGGGAGAACAGAAUUGAAAACAAUAUUCCUAAAAUGACCUAACCAAUAUGUUGUACAGCUGCAACACGACAUUCCAACUCCUCUACUCAAUGCAAUGACCAAUAAACGCAAGUGUACCAAACUACUUCUUCACUAUAAUAAAAUGUGA